GUGUAUUCGUACGUCUGCAAGCAUCGACGAGGAUUUUGGCUUGUCUUAGCGAGAUUUUGGCGCUAGCACCUGGAAAAAAAUCUCAGGUGGCUCCUGCUUAUAACGUCGGCUGCCCACCCACCUUCUGUCCCUCAUCAUCACCAAAUCCACCACAACACAAAAAACACACUUCAUUUCUAGAUACCCACUUGAUUCUCGCGCAGAGGAUCUGGUAUCUAGUUUUUUCUUCCACAACAAGUACUCUCUUAUAGCGGCGGCAUCCAGAGGAUCCCCCCGCUUCAACCCCGCCACGAGCAACUCUUCGACUACGGUCCAGCACCAGUAGUCGCUCUUCCCCAGUCGCAAUCAUGGCUGACAAAGGCCAGAUCGAGUCCAACUACGAUGAAGUCACCGACUCCUUCGACAACAUGAACCUGAAGCCUGAGCUCCUCCGUGGAGUCUACGCCUAUGGUUUCGAGCGUCCUUCUGCUAUCCAGCAGCGUGCCAUCAUGCCCGUCAUCAAGGGCAACGAUGUCAUUGCCCAGGCCCAGUCCGGUACCGGUAAGACGGCUACCUUCUCCAUCUCCACCCUCCAGAAGAUCGACUCCAGCGUCAAGGCCUGCCAGGCUCUUAUCCUCGCCCCCACCCGUGAGCUUGCUCAGCAGAUCCAGAAGGUUGUCCUUCUGUCCGCCACCAUGCCCCAGGAUGUCCUCGAGGUCACCACCAAGUUCAUGCGCGACCCCGUCCGCAUUCUCGUCAAGAAGGACGAACUUACUCUUGAAGGUAUCAAGCAGUUCUACAUUGCCGUCGAGAAGGAGGACUGGAAGCUCGACACUCUGUCCGACUUGUACGAAACCGUCACCAUCACCCAGGCCGUCAUCUUCUGCAACACCCGCAGAAAGGUCGACUGGCUCACCGACAAGCUCACUGCCCGUGACUUCACUGUCUCUGCUAUGCACGGCGACAUGGACCAGGCCCAGCGUGAUGUCAUCAUGAAGGAGUUCCGUUCCGGAUCUUCCCGUGUCCUCAUUGCCACUGACCUUCUUGCCCGUGGUAUCGAUGUCCAGCAGGUCUCCCUUGUCAUCAACUACGACCUCCCCGCCAACCGUGAGAACUACAUCCACCGCAUCGGUCGUGGUGGACGUUUCGGACGUAAGGGUGUUGCCAUCAACUUCGUCACUGCCGAUGAUGUCCGCAUGAUGCGCGAAAUUGAGCAGUUCUACAGCACACAAAUCGAGGAGAUGCCCAUGAACGUGGCUGGUAAGUUUCUGUCCAAUCCGAGUAUGUUAUUAAGUUCGGCUGCUAACGGCAUUCACAGACCUCAUCUAAGAAGCUGUUCCUAUACUGCAUUCAUCCUACCGUCUCUCCCUACCCCUCCUGCGGUCCAGGUGGCGUAACGGUGUAGAGACGGUGGUCUUCUAAUUCGAGCACGCCUGCAAGGCCAGGUGGUGCUCUCUGUUUGGUCUGGUUCAAAAGUGGUUCGGGGUGGGACGAGCAAGCCGUCCUUACAUCGCGGCAUCUUGGCGUUGGUCUCUCAUGUGCGAAAUGAUUUCCCUAAAAGAAUGUCUGCAUAUGAUAGACUUACGAUGCUUAGUUGACGGAUGGGUCUUCUUCUGCAAUUUCAUGUUACUUUCUUAUGUCCUCGAGGAGCUGCUGCAAGUUGUCGACGUAUGCAUACGUGGGGGGAUCUGCAGCAAUCUUCCAUGGCUACGCAUGCGGAUGAUAACGAUUGGGAGUUUCCUUUCAUAUAGAGAUGCGAUUCAAUUGUAUGAAAGUUGUUCAAAAGUUAUGCUACUCCCACUGCGUGCCGGUG